AACAACCACAACAAAAUGAGUAACGCAAAACUUGUUUCGCUUUUUAUGGUCAGCUUGGCCGUUCUAGUGGCUUAUGCUGCGGCCAUGCCUCAGCGAGUUCACGCUCAACACUUGGUUUACUAUCCACCACCACCGCCACCGAAUAGCUAUCAGCCCAUACGAGUACGUCGUCAGGUUUUGGGUGGUUCUCUAAGCUCCAAUCCCGCUGGAGGAGCCGAUGCUCGUGUGGAUUUGACCAAGGCUAUUGGCACCCCACAACAUAAUGUGAUUGGACAGGUGUUUGCUGCUGGCAAUACCCACACUGGAGGACCACAGCCUGCCACUCCUGUGACCAGUGGUGCAACUCUGGCUUACAAUAAUAAUGGCCAUGGCUUCGACUUGACCAAGACCCAUACACCAGGAGUACGUGAUAGCUUCCAGCAGUCUGCCCAUGCAAAUCUCUUCAACAAUGGAGUACACAAUUUGGAUGCCAAGGCCUUUGCCUCACAGAAUCAACUGGCCAAUGGCUUCAAAUUCGAACGCAAUGGAGCCGGAUUGGACUAUAACCACAUAAAUGGUCAUGGAGCACACAUAACUCAUAGCAAUAUUCCCGGGUUUGGCAAGCAAUUGGAAUUGGGAGGCAACGCCAGAUUAUGGGAAUCUAUGGAUAGAAAUACAAAACUUGAUCUUAGUGGCACUGCCUCAAAAUGGACAAGCGGCCCAUUCCAGGGCAAAACCGAUCUGGGUGCCAAUUUGGGUCUAUCGCAUUACUUUGGUUAAAUUGAAUGAUAUAUAAAACAAUUUUUGUUAUAACUUAUAA